AUGGGCAAUACGGAGGAGCCAGUCAUGGGCAAUACGGAGGAGCCAGUCCUUGGGCCGCCAAUGAGCUUUAGCAGCAUAAUGAGUGUGCCCGUGACCUUCUACAGGACCAUAGGCGAGGACAUAUACUCGCAUCGCUCCACCAAUCCCUGGCGCAGCCUGCUGCUCAAGAUCUACCUCUAUGCGGGCUUUAUCAACUUCAAUUUGCUGGUUAUGGGCGAGUUCGUGUAUUUGUACAAGUCGAUGCAGAGCUAUGAGACCAUAAAGGCGGCAAUAGCAGUCGCCCCCUGCAUUGGCUUCUCUCUGGUGGCAGACUUUAAGCAAGGGGCUAUGGUUAUACACAAGGAGACGCUGAUUAAGCUGCUGGACGAGCUGGAGGAAAUGCAUCCGAAUACGCACGCCAAGCAGAGGGCCUACAAGUUGGCCGACUCGCAGAAAACCAUGAACCGUGUGAUGAAUAUUUUCACGUCCCUCUGUCUGAUGUACACCACCACGUUCUCCUUCUACCCGGCCAUUAAGGCCACGAUCAAGUACAAUUUUCUCGGCUACGAUACGUUCGACCGCAACUUUGGCUUUCUCAUCUGGUUCCCCUACAACACCUCGAGCAGCAAUUUGGUCUAUUGGCUGACUUACUGGGAUAUAGCCCAUGGCGCCUACUUGGCUGGAGUGGCCUUCCUCUGCGCCGAUCUGUUGCUCAUUGUGGUCAUCACCCAGCUCUGCAUGCACUUCGACUACAUGGCGAUGAGACUGGAGACGCAUCCCUGCGAGCCCGGUCGCGAUGAGGAGAACUUGGACUUUCUCGCCUCCAUAAUUCGCUAUCACAACAAGUGCUUAGUUCUCUGCGAGGAUGUGAAUAAUCUGUUUAAUUUUUCGCUGCUCUUGAACUUUUUGACCGCUUCUAUGCAAAUCUGUUUCAUCGCCUUCCAAGUCACGGAGUCCACCUUGGAGGUCAUCCUCAUCUACUGCAUCUUUCUGUUGACGUCAAUGGUGCAGGUGUUUCUGGUCUGCUACUAUGGAGACGAGCUCAUAUCUGCGAGCCUACGCGUCGGGGAUGCCGCCUACAACCAGAAGUGGUUCCAAUGCAACAAGACCUACUGCAAAAUGCUGAAGGUGCUGAUAAUGCGCAGCCAGAAGCCUGCUUCCAUUAGACCUCCCACCUUUCCACCCAUUUCUCUGGUUACCUACAUGAAGGUUAUCAGCAUGGCCUAUCAGUUCUUUGCACUACUACGUACUACAUAUAGUUCAGACUAG